AUGCUGUCCGCCCGAGAGCCCGAGAUGGCGGCGGAGGCUCCUGCCGCCCUCUACACCUACUGCAGUCCGCCCCGCGUCCUGCCCGCCCGCCCGAAGUACCGACCGCCGCCGGACUCCGACGAGCCAGAAAAGGAACUUGUUCGUUAUGCCAACCUCAUGUAUGACAGGAGAGUGGUGCGCGGCAACACUUACGCCCUUCGAGUCAUACCUUCAUCACUGCAUCAUCUUCCCCAACCCAGUUCCCUUGAGAUUCAAAGGCAAAGGGAAGCACGGAAAAGAGCACUGGCAAGAAAGUGUGCAAAAGAGCAAAUGCAACUAAGAACACCUGAGCCUGUGGAAGGCAGAGAGCAUGUUCACGUGCAGACAGAACUGUAUUUGGAGGAGAUUAGUGACCGCAUAGCAGAGGUUGAUACAGAGUGUCAAACAGAUGCAUUUUUGGACAGACCACCCACUCCAUUCUUCAUACCAGCCAAAACGGGAAAAGAUGUGGCCACACAAAUAGAAGAAGGAGAGUUGUUUGACUUUGACAUUGAAGUCAAGCCAAUCCUGGAAGUGUUGGUUGGGAAAACAGUUGAGCAAGCUUUGCUGGAAGUCAUGGAGGAAGAAGAGCUGGCCCAGUUGUUGGCACGUCAGCGUGCCUAUGCAGAGCUGCGUGACGCAGAGCUUGCUGAAGUACACCGUCUGGAAGAGCAGGACAGGCGAUACAGAGAGGAGAAGGAACGUCGCAGACUUCAACACAUGCAAAUGCUGCAGAAACAGAAAGAAACCACAGAGAAAAUUGCAGCUCGUGCGUUUGCUCAGCAUUACUUGGCUGAUCUCAUUCCCUCAGUCUUCAACAACCUUCGUGAGAGUGGAUUUUUUUAUGACCCUAUAGAAAGAGAUAUUGAGACAGAAUUCCUUCCAUGGUUGAUGACAGAAGUGGAAGAAACACUGGAGAGGAAGGUUCUGGGGAGAACAGUACUUGACUCCUUGAUUCGUACAGUGGUUGAAAAACGCUCAGAGGCAUUUAGCCAUAAACCUCAGGCUGAUCAGACAGUGGCACCUGCUGAAGAACCCAGACCAGCUAAUGCCCUGCAGGAAGCUAGUGAGAUAGACACUGCUGACCAACCAGUUACAGAGAAAGAAGAGACUGACCAAACUGUUGCUGAAGAACAGUCUUCAAAUCUCAUUCCUUUACAGACAGAAGAAUCAUAUCAAGCAGAAAUAGAGGAUUUGGAAACUGAGUAA